CCCAAAAUGUCAGCACCCUAGAAGCUCAUGUACCGGGGUUAUUACAGGACUAUUUGUUUAAAAGAUGAGUGAUUUUUUUUUCUUUUAUCAGUGUGACAGUUCACCCAUGGUUCAGCACAGUGACAGCAGCCCACACACCGGAGUAUUCCACAGUUAGCUAACGCUAGCUCUCAUGUAUUUAUCCCUCUUAUCCUGCUGUGAGGCUACUCGCUCAACGAAAACAUGUCUCUGUUCUCGCCUCUGUUAAGACGUGUUACUCAGUUCAAAAUGUGCAGACGGAAAAUACAGCACUACAGCAUGACCUGCACAGUGUUCAGACACCGCUGGAUGAAGGGGCUGCCCGUUUUCUCCAGCAGCUUCAGGACGAUUAGCACACAAACAGACAAGGAAACCAUUGACCUUUCCAAGUUCCCCGUGGACAAAAUCAGGAAUUUUUGCAUCAUUGCUCAUAUUGACCAUGGAAAAAGCACUUUGGCCGACAGGCUGUUGGAGAUGACUGGUGCCAUAGCAAAGACUGAGAAGAACAAACAGGUGCUGGACAAGCUUCAGGUGGAGCGAGAGAGGGGGAUCACAGUGAAGGCCCAGACAGCUUCGCUGUUUUACAACCACCAGGGACAGCAGUACCUCCUGAACCUCAUCGACACACCGGGUCAUGUUGACUUCAGUUACGAGGUGUCUCGGUCGAUUUCUGCCUGCCAAGGCGUCUUGUUGAUAGUUGAUGCCAAUCAGGGGAUUCAAGCACAGACGGUGGCUAACUUCUACCUAGCUUUUGAAGCUCAGCUGACAGUCAUUCCUGUCAUCAACAAGAUUGAUUUGAAAAAUGCUGAUCCGGAGAGAGUGGAGGCACAGAUUGAAAAGGUGUUUGAUAUUCCACGCGAAGAUUGCAUUCGGAUCUCGGCUAAACUUGGAACAAACGUUGAAACGGUUCUCCAAGCGGUUGUGAACAGGAUUCCACCGCCUGUGGCAAACAGUCAUGACCCAUUUAAAGCCCUGGUGUUUGACUCCAAUUUCGACCACUACAGAGGAGUGGUGGCCAACAUCGCUGUGUUUGGAGGUCGGGUCAGAAAAGGAGACAAGAUCAUGUCAGCUCAUCUCGGCAAAACCUACGAGGUCAACGAGCUGGGGCUUCUCCGACCAGAUGAGCACCCAACACAGAAGCUGUUUGCAGGCCAAGUGGGCUACAUAAUAGCAGGGAUGAAGGACGUGAAGGAGGCCCAGAUUGGUGACACAAUCUGCCACCAGGAGAAGCCAGUGGAGCCUCUUCCAGGCUUUAAGCCUGCUAAAGCCAUGGUCUUUGCUGGCAUGUAUCCAAUGGACCAGUCAGAAUAUCCAGCCCUUCGCAGUGCCAUUGAGAGGCUGACCCUGAAUGACUCAAGUGUCACAGUGCAGAGAGACAGCAGUCUGGCCCUGGGAGCAGGCUGGAGACUCGGCUUCCUGGGUCUUCUCCACAUGGAGGUGUUCAAUCAGAGGCUGGAACAGGAAUACAAUGCCUCUGUUAUAGUAACAGCGCCCACUGUGCCCUACAAGGCUGUCCUCUCUUCAGCCAAACUCAUCAAGGAACACGGCAGUGAGGAGAUAACCAUUGUGAACCCUGCCCAGUUCCCGGACAGAUCGGUUGUGUCGGAGUAUUUGGAGCCCAUGGUGCUCGGGACCAUUUUUGCUCCAGACACUUACACCGGCAAGAUCAUGACUCUCUGCUUGAAUCGCAGAGCUAUCCAGAAGAACAUGGUGUACGUAGACGACCAGCGUGUCAUGAUGAAGUAUCUCUUCCCGUUGAAUGAAAUUGUUGUGGAUUUCUAUGACCUCCUCAAAUCACUGUCAUCUGGAUAUGCAAGCUUUGAUUAUGAGAAUGCAGGCUACCAGGCGGCAGACUUAAUAAAGAUGGACAUUCUGCUGAAUGGGCAACCGGUGGAAGAACUCACCACAAUUGUACACAGAGACCGUGCGUACACAACAGGGAAAGCCAUGUGUGAGCGACUCAAAGACUCCAUACCGAGGCAGAUGUUUGAGAUAGCUGUACAGGCAGCUAUUGGAAGCAAGGUCAUCGCAAGAGAGACAAUAAAGGCGUAUAGAAAAAACGUUCUCGCUAAAUGUUACGGAGGUGACAUAACGCGUAAGAUGAAGCUGCUGAAGAGACAAGCAGAGGGCAAAAAGAAAAUGAGGCGUGUUGGUAGCGUAGAAGUUCCUAAAGAUGCCUUCAUUAGUGUUCUGAAGAGAAAAGAUAAAUAGGUAGCAAUACCAUUAGUACCAUUAGUAUAUUAUUGUGCAUUAUUAUUAUUAUUAUUAUUAUUAUAUAAAACAGGUCUUUGUUAUCAAAAGGCCCUGCUAGAUUUUAGAUCUCUGAAUAAAGUGGUCACUGGUGCUGCAAACUGCUGUAAAGUAACUGUGCUGAUUUCCACUAUAAAUGUCAUUACUUCUGCUCUAUCUGACAUUUAACACAUAAUUCCAUAUUGUUCAAUAUCAAUCAAAAAUCAUGUAUUCAUUUACCCCCAGUUAUUCUAAUGUUUUAUUAACACUUAUGUCCAUGGUGGCAAUUUCCUUCCAUCAACCAAUGGUCUUGACAAACAAGCGUUAUAACCUGUUUAACAACAGAAUGUUAACUUUCAUUUUGUGUUCAGAAAAUUAUGUUGUGUCAUUCAAAUGCAAUAGAUGCAUCGUGUGGCAUGUUAUUUUAUAAUACAUACUGCAUGUUAUCCACAUAAAUAAGAAUUAUAUACAUACUUUGAUCAGGCAGGUAAAGAAAAAAAAACUAGAUAUUAGAUCAGCAGUUAUUAAUAUGUACUAACUGUGUCAGGUUUUUAGUUUCCUUCUUAUUUCAUACAAAAGGUGGUGGAAGAAAUGAUCUUUUAAAGUACUAAUCAAUCUUUAGAUUAUUCUUUUGACAGAAAAGUAUUUAUUUUGUGUGACCAGCAGUCAAAAAAACCAUAGGUAUUCAGUUCAACAGUGCCAGUUAUCAAAUGUUCAAGACUAUAUACAUAAUUCAGUUAGAAGUAUACUUACUAAACCAAAAUGAAUAUGAGGCUUCAUGAGUGUUGAGUCAGACAAAUGAAACAGGUAUCUUCUGAAGUUAGUGUUUUCCGUACAAAAGUCUCUGUGUUUCCAUGGACAAUUAUUUGCUUCCUGAGGCACAGCAGAGGGACAGCAACACAACUCUGGACAGUACCCAUGUGAUUUGUCCAUAGCCUCAUAUUAGCGUCAGCUGAACAUUAUAAUCUAUUUUCACACAGAAUGAGGACUGUGGAUUUGGUCCCCCAUCACAUACACUGAAAUCAUCUUAUCUCUUCAAGGCCAAUAUGAACAGGCGGAAGGAUUACAGCAACCAGUAACACUAUCAGCAUACAUAUGGGCAUGUGAAUAUUGUUUUAAGACAGAUCUGAAAAAAACUGUGAGUGUAUCCUUUAAUCCCUUCUAGCUCCUCAUUGGUUGCUGACUCUGACCUUUUAAAGAUACCAAAGAGAAAACACAAUUAACAUGCAAAUAUCUGUUGGUGUGCCGUGUUCGUCUGUCCUUUACAAAGUUUUCCCAGUAGAUGGCAGCAGCAGCUCAAACACACAACAGAGUUGAGUACCCUGAGCUAAUUUCCAAUCAGACCUCAUCAGCCUCAGGCCCCAUAAAUGUCAGCUUUAAAUCAUAUAAAGCUCUAGACAGUCCCCUUAUCUUCUACCAAGCAGUUGGAGUUGCAUGAUGAAAAUAUCUCAUUGUCCCUGUGUGCUGCCCUUUCUACCAGGCAAAUUAAAGCAAAUCUGAUUUAGGGACUAAUUGGUAUUUAACCACAGUAAAAGGCAGAGGGGACAAGCUGAACUUCAGCAGUGUGGACUGAAUUAUUGAAGAAAAAACAUGUACAGACUGUCAGGUAAAAGCUUAGGUUUAUAAACCUUUUCAUUGUAGACAUGUUAUCAUGUCAUAGCAGGUAAGGCACAGGUGUAAUUCUAAGUAAUUAGUCUGAGUCGCAGUGAGUCAGCAUGCCCAGUACUGUGAAACGCAGACAUGAUUAGAAUAUUCUAUAUAAUAGUUACACCUGUGCUUUACCUGCUAUGACAAGUCAAACUGGCAAUAUGAAUAAGAACAUUAAAAAGCUUGUGUUUGUAUUUCAGUCAUUUGACUAAAAUUGUGUUAAGCAAAUGUAAUUUUGUGGUGACACAUUAGUCCCCAAACUGUAAAAAUCAGCAGAUGCUUGAUAUUUUCCUACCAGCGCCGUCCCAGCUAUUUUUGAUGUUUUGACAUUUCAGGAUAUUCUUGAACUUUAAAAUGUGACUCAGCUUGGUUUCAACACCCAGUAUGCAGCUGUGGGUUAAAAAAGCAUGUUAGUAAGUGAGUAGUAAGUUUUUUUUAAAAAAUUAAGAAAAGCAUUGCUGCUUUUGUUUGAACUGUAGUUUUGUAAGUAUUGUAUCUGAACCAGUACAAGGCGUAUUAAUGGCCAUUUGGUUUCGUAAGGACGCAUAAAGGGGUUCCUCUGGUCUGUUCUAGGAACGUUUUUAAACUCACUGUAUAACAAUAACAUGUAUUCAUCUAUAAAACUUCUUGAAGCUUCUUCAAGAAGUUUCUUGGCAAU